UGACUGGGUGGGGCGGUCGGGGAAGGGGCUUGAGCCAAGCGGAUUGACUGCAUUGAUUGGAUGGGCAUGUGAUAGAUAGAUAUCGCGGGCGCGGGCUCUGCCGUAUUUUAGCCCGAGUACUAAAUAUCAGGCCUUGAUCCGGACUGAGAAUAUUCAAAUGGAGCCAGUUCUUUCUUUCCUGGGAGCCUUUUAUGUUUAUUGGAGACGAGAGGUUUCGCCCCCUUUUUCACCUGAACGCUGCUUGAUAGGGCAGUGAUGGGUUAAUUAUUUAUUAUAUCAUCGGCUUUCCUUGUCAUGUCAGGCAGCGUUUGGGGUGGUGUUGGGGGAAUUUCCUGGGUGCGGGUUGCGUUUCUUAUAGCUCCCCCGUCGUCCCCCCUAGAAGUUAUUUUUGCAAUUAUGCCUGGGAUUUAUUCCAAGGAGAGCCAGUGAAUUGAAUUACUAGCCAAAGGGUGCCAGGUGGUGCUACAGAAGCCCUGGGAAGAGGCCUUCGGGAUGCAGCCAUGUUCUAAAAGGGAUUCCUUUCCAGCCCUGGGUUGAAGGUGCUUCAACAGCUCGGUGCAGCAGCCUUUGGGUUGCAUCAAAGUGAGCCAGCCAGCCUACAAAACAAAGCUGCAGGUGAAAGCUUGAAUGCCUUCAUCAUCAUGCAGGUUGCCAAGCUGCUGAUCUACCCAUACACUGAUUUGCUUGUUUAUGCAAGUGGUUCCUUCCCACAUAGCUGACAGUCUCCCUCCCAGCAGCUAUGGAAUGGGAUGAGACAAUUUUUGUGAAAGAGCACAAAUCACUUGUAAUGAGAGGAUGUAGAGUCUUCAGCUCCAGAGUAAGACUCCUGUCUUCGCAGUUCAGAGAUCCCUCUUGAUCAAGCAGUAUUUUGUGUGCUGCUUUAUGUUUGGUAUCUGGCUGGACCACUAACAGGAUGCGUCUGGUUCAAAAGUCCUUGUGUGUGCUGAUGGUGCUGAUGGCAUCCCUGGCUUUUCUCUAUCUUCACGUGUGGUCACCCAAGCCCUACAGUACAGUGGAGCUGCGACAUCGACCUGACCGAACACCUCAACAGCUGUUGAGUGACCAUCUGCUGGUGCCUGACAAGAAAUAUGCACACAUUUCUUUCCGAAUCAAGGAGGAGAUCCUGGAGCUCCUUCCUAAGAACUCCUGCAAGUGUGAGGUGGAACCCAGUAUGAAUUUCCCAUUCCAGAAACAGCUCUUUGGUGGUAUCUAUUCUCUGGAAUUUGCAAAUGCCUUCAACCCUUCUGAACUCCCAGAAAUCAAUAGCAGGCGAGAACAGGAGUAUCACAGUUACCGGCAAAGGUCCCAGUCUCCAACUGACCAGCUCCUCAUAGUCCGAGCCAAUUCACCACUAGAGUAUCCAGUCCAGGGGGUGAAGGUUCGGCCCCUCCAGACCAUCCUCAUCCCGGGUCUGAGCUUACAGGCAGCUGAAAGAGUACUGUACUGGAUCAGUCUGACAGCUACGAUGGGUACUUUUGAUGUGGCCGCAGAAGUGGAAGGGGUCAAGGUGGAAGGGUCAGGGAGCAUGCACUUCACUAUGUCAGGAUCCCAGCUGGACAACCUCAACCGGCAAAUGCACUUCGUUACCUACACCAACACGCUCUUCCAUCCUAACACAGCAGAUACAGUGCAGUUUUCUACCGAUGAGCACCAUGCAUCAUUCAUCAUUCGCAUCCGCCAUGCGCCCACCCCCAGGCUCUACAACCCAGGAUCCUCCAAGGGAGGGGCUGGUGGAAAAUACAACAUCAGUGCCCUGGUCACCAUAGCAACAAAGACCUUUUUGCGCUAUGACAAGCUGCAAGCACUGAUCAACAGCAUCCGCAAGUUUUACCCCACUGUGCCCAUCAUCAUUGCUGAUGACAGCCAGACCCCUGAACAUGUGCAGGGUCCCCAUAUUGAACAGUACUUCAUGCCCUUUGGCAAGGGCUGGUUUGCUGGCAGGAACCUUGCCAUUUCCCAGGUGACCACAAAAUAUGUUCUGUGGGUGGAUGAUGAUUUCAUCUUCACGCCUCGCACCAAAGUGGAGAAGCUGGUAGAUGUUCUUGAGAAAACUACCUUGGAUUUGGUGGGUGGAGCAGUGCGAGAGAUUACUAGCUACACCGCCACAUACCGGCAGCAAAUCAGUGUGCAAGCUGGCAGUGAGGAUGGUGAUUGUCUGAGAAUCCGCCAGGGCUACCAUCACAUCAUUGAGGGCUUUCCCGACUGUGUGGUUACUGAUGGCGUGAUCAAUUUCUUUCUGGCACGCACAGAGAAGGUUCUGCAGGUUGGCUUUGAUCCUCGCCUCAAACGUGUUGCCCACCUCGAAUUCUUCAUUGAUGGCCUGGGUAUUCUGCAUGUGGGAUCCUGCUCCGAUGUGGUGGUGGACCAUGCCUCAAAGAUCAAGCUGCCAUGGCUAAAGACAGAGAGUGAGAAGCAAUAUGGCAAAUUCCGCUAUCCCAACUCAAGUGACAACAGCUUGACCACCAAGCAAAUCUUCUUCUACUUCAAGAACCGUUUCAAAUGUAUGACCGGCAACUAGUUGUAGUCGCUAAGGUGUUUCAUCUCCCCCUGACAACCAGCUAUGUUGUCAGACAAUUGGGCCUACCAAUCUCAGGCAGCCUGUUCUGGUAAGUGGCCGCAGCCCCGGGCAAAUGGUCUUGCCUGUCAACUAGCCAAACCUCCAGAACUCAGGGAGGCCUCAGCACCCUCAGGCCUGAAGAGCAAUUUGGGAAAUGAGCAGCCACUCCCACUUUUUUAAAAAAUGUCUUUUCUAACAUGAUGGAGAGACUGUGCUAUUGCUUGCUUCUGAGCCUUGCUGAUUUGAAGGUGUGGCCUGUUCUUGUAUUUAUUUUACCCUGUUAUGCAUCUGAACUGAAGAAUCUUGGAUGGGGAGUGAUACCUGGGGAACCCUGGGAGUUAACUUUUUUCUUUCGUAGUUGGAAGCAACCUUCCUCAAUUAUUUGUGGGCUUCCUGCUCCCGUUUCACACCGCGCGCACACACAAUACUUUCUCCAGUGCCACAACUCUUUGUGCCAAGUCUUUAAAUCUUUCCCCACUCCAUGUACGCCCUUAAGCUGGUGCCAACCUGGAAGAUUUUGAAGUGCCAAAGACUAUAGUGAUUGAAAGCAACCACCAGGGGAAAGCCUUGAGGUAGGCAUUGCAGCAAAGCAACAGUAAAGAAGGACAGCAGGGAGCCACCAAGCAGCAUACUCCCAGCUCAAGGCAUGUGUGUCUAGGUUUGCCGAUUCCGGCAGAAGAAGUGGCCUGUUUGCUCAUGGAACACAGAGGGGAGUGGGGGGGGGGAAGGCAGGUGUAUUUUCUAAUGUGGCAGAAUUUUUAUAUUCUGAAGUAGGAAGACUUGUGUACAACAAACUGCAAUGUUUUUAUUUCAAACUCCAUUUGCUUUCCCCAUAUUCCCAAGCCUUUUCUCCUUUUGCCUCCUUGGUCCGAAUCCUGCAACUUUCUGCAUUCCUGCUUUUCCUACAGCUGUUGUUUGUUUUGGGUGGAAGAUGGGAAAUAGUUUUUCCUACACAUUUUCUUCUGAUGCAUGGGCUUGGUCCCUCUCGUAGGUAAGAGCAGAGGCAACACCCAGUCAGGCCACCCUGUUAUCCUUAUCCCGCCUCUCACCAUAACCUGUGCACUCCCUCCUGGCAGUCUACCUGGAAACUAUUCUCCUGCAAUUGACCUUAGAGGUGGGAGUAUUAGGGACAGAGAGGCAACCACACCACUAGCCAAUCAGGUCUAGACACUGAAGCAAAUAUGAAUUGGGAAUAGAUGUAGAAGUUGCAAAAGUCAAUGUGGCUCAGGCAGUAUUGACUGCAAUGCUCUUUAACUGGGGAACAACAUGUACCAGAAUUUCAAGUAUAUUUGCUGUACUAUGAUAGCCACCUCUCCUAUCUCAAUACGUGGAUCUUUUAGUUCUUCUGUGGGCAUGUCAAUUGAUCCAGUGAAAAGUCUUCUUCCUCAGAAGGGUGAGCACAAUAUUUUCCUGAGAGCAUUCUUGUGCUUUUCAACUACAUCCAUCAGAUAAGCAGGAACCUUGGCAGGUAAAAUACCUUGUUUUGCUACAGACAGAACUCUCUGCCUUAUGAUCUCCGCCAUGCCCCCUCCCUGACAGGCUUCCGCCGAGAACUGAAAACAUGGUUUUUUAGGCAGGCAUUCGAGACCUCUGUCUAAUUUAGUUUAAAUUUUUGUAUGAUGGGGGUAGGUUUGGAUUUAGUAUACUUAUUGUUGUUCGUAUUAUAUGUUAUAUUUUACUCUAUGUUAUAUUUUAGUCUAUGUACGCCGCCUAGAGUGGCCGUUAAUUCGGCCAGAUGGGCGGCCUAGAAAUAAAAUUUUAUUAUUAUUAUUAUAAA